UCUAUUAAUUGAUAAAGCUGAAUUUGUUCAGCUUUCCCACUCCAUAUUCUUAAUUAAUCCGCGGGUAAUUUAAAGUAAUAUCAUGUGACCCAGUUUUCUGUAGAAAUAAGUACUCACAUGAGGUCGCACCUUAACAAACGCUCACAUGAAGUGAGUAACUAAGCUUUCUCUUUUCAUGAAACUGCUGCUAGAACUGUGAAUUGAUUGUCAAUGUGACUUAAACAAUAGUUAAUACACUUUGUUGUCCUGUUAUCUAUCAAUUAUCAUUUUAUUUAUGAACUUAUAUUUUAUUUGAGAUGUUUUUUUGUUUCAAUCAUGAAACAUUUAACUCAAGUAUACAUCAAAUGGUGACAAGCUCAUAUAAUAGCUAUAAAUUAUAGUGUAUUAUGAUCAAUAUAUUUAAAUUUAGAGGUUUCUAAUUACCUAAAGUCCUAACAUUAGAAAUUUAAUAAUAUUUACCUAAUGCUAGGAAGUUUCAUCGGUUGGUGAACUCAAACAUCGUCAAUCAACAAAAUAGUCUCUAAAAUAAAUGUUGAACUUCUAUUUUGGUAUAUCGUAGCGAUCCAUCUAAGAAUCUCAAUUGUCAACUUCUGCAACCUUGUAAAUCGAUUUACAGUUUUUGAUCAACAACUUGCAGUAAAAAAUUAAAAAAUCAUAUAAUAUACUGUUUCUACUAAAUUAGAAAUGGAAAAUAUACGAAUUUUUUGAAAAAUUAAAUUUGGAUUAAAGAUUCUAUAAAAUUUAAAUUUGAAUGAAACAAACAAAGUGCGAAUACUCAAAUCGCAAAAAUGCACGAAAAAAAUGAAGAAUCAUCAACGAUUAAUUUUAUUAAGAACAUUUUUUCAUCACGACGUAUCAGCUUACCCAUAACUGUUCCUACGAAUACAAUAGUUAAUAAUAUAAACAUCAACAAUAACAUUAAUAAUAGUAAAAAUGUUAUAAAUGUCAUCAGCAGCGUAGGAUUAAUUCUACAAUCACGUCCACCAAAUUUACCUGCCAAAAAUUCUCGCGAAGAAUUAUUACACCGCAAACAAUAUGACGCUCUUUUGGAUGCAAUAAAGAAAAGAGAAUUACGUGAAGAAAGAGAUUAUCAAAAGAGACGUGCUCAACAAUUGGAGGAUGAAAAUAAACUGUCUUCGAAUGUACAGUAUUGGGAUCAGAAAAUAAUUCCUAAUUUCAAUCAACUCAAAUCAACUGCUGAGGUACGUGAAUUGUGGUGGUUUGGAAUUCCAUCAGCUGUACGUGGACGGAUUUGGCGUCUUGCCGUUGAUAAUAAUUUGAAUUUAACUGCUGAAACAUACACAGAUUGUCUAAAACAAUUCAAUACUGCUAAUCAUGCUGAAUCUGCGUCAAUAAAAUUAGAUAUUACGCGUACCUUUCCGUCAUUACAGAUUUUCCAAAAAAACGGACCAUUGUUUGAAUCUCUUUGUAAUUUAUUAGGCGCUUAUUGUAUUUUUAAACCGGAAAUUGGGUAUGUACAGGGUAUGAGUUUUAUAGGAGCUAUGUUAAUACUUAAUAUGGAUACACCUGAUGCGUUCAUUUGUCUAGCUAAUUUAUUCAAUAAUAAUUUAUAUCAUAACACAGCGUUUACGUUGAAUCAAAUAAAAAUUAAUAAAUAUUGGACUAUUUUUAAUGAAUUAUUAUCAAGAAAUUUAUCUUGUUUGCAUAAACAUUUUCUUGAAAUCAAUUUGACUCCAGAUUUCUUCUUACUUGAUUGGUUAUUCACAAUUUAUGCUAAAGCAUUGCCGUUAGAUGUAACAAGUAGAAUUUGGGAUGUUUUUGUUAGAGAUGGGGAUGAAUUUUUAUUCAAAACUGCUAUUGGUAUUCUUAUGUUAUACAAAAACGAAUUAUUCUCUAUGGAUUUUGUGCAUGCUGCACAAUUCUUAAUUAAACUACCGGAUACGAUCAAAGUUGAUGAAAUGUUUAAGUGUAUCAAAUCAGUCAAUAUAGAAAUUGCCGGUAAGACUUUUGAUCAAAUUAUUUUAUCAUUAUGAAUAAUUAGUUGUUUCAUUUCAUAAUAAUUUUUAAUAUAUCAUUAUGAGUUUUACUUGUAUACCGUUUUCUGGUUUUUACAAGGUUACUUUCCGCUCUAUAUUAUCAACUCAGUUUUUCAGCUCUUUUUUAUUAUCAACAUAUUCUCCACUCUUUUUUUAUACUCAACAUGUUCUCCACUUUUUAUUAUAGGAGAAAAGUU